AUGUGCAAACGUCCAUUGCAUUUGGGCAACGGCCAGCUAGUUUCUCAUAUUGUCAGAAUAGUGAGAAUAUGUAAGUGUGUGCUUUUUCGAUAUAGGUUUAAGCACAGCACGCUCCAAGUAAUGGGAACAUCUGUUGAGCAAGAAGGUGCGUGGUCUAUUGUCGGUGGGACAGGUGACCUUGCAAUGGCACAUGGCGUUAUAAACAAAAAACUUCAUCAUAGAACAAGUGAUGGGGACAUAAUCGAGCUUACCAUUCAUGGGUUUUGUCGCAUGCAGAUACCUACUCUUGGAAAAAGUGGCCCAUGGGGUGGCAAUGGGGGUUAUGUUGUUGAUUCAGAAAAACCCUCACGGAUAGAAAGUAUCACCAUCCUAUAUAAAGGAAUAAUUGCUUCAUUUGAAUAUUCUUACAUCGACUACUAUGGAAACAGGCGCACAUCAGGUCCUUGGGGUAGUAAGAAUCCCAACCACACAAAGAUCGUGUUGGCCCCUGAGGAAAUUCUGACUGCAGUGUCUGGAACAGUUAUCAAACAUAAUACCCCCAUGGGGACCAAAGUCGAUGUUGUGCAGACACUCGAGUUUGUCACAAACAAGAAAACAUAUGGACCUUACGGGAAUCUUGACAAUAAUAAAGAACUUGGUACUCCUUUCAGCGCCGUCGCGCCGGAUGGCAAAGCAAUUGUUGGCUUCUUCGGGCAUACUGAUGACAGGUACCUGAACGCAAUUGGAGUUUAUAUUGCCUAA